GCCAGGGCGCCUGCGCCGGCGGCGCGGAGCGCGGCGGAGCGGGACGGACCGAACUGGAACAAAACAAGCGGCGCUUUGUACCGCCCGAAAGGCUCCGCGCCCCGCGCAGCGCCCGCGGAGAGGGGCGGCAACACCGCGCGGCUGCCGGAUUUGCUUUUUCAGCGCUUUAAAAUUAUUUUUAAUUUUUUUUUUCUUUUUUUUUCUUUCUUACUAAGAGGGGAGAAGGGACGGCGCGGAGGGGCGGGCGGGAGGCGGUGCGCGCCCUCCGCGGGCGCGGAGCCGUGCGGGCGGUGAUGGCCUGAGCGGGCGGCGGGUCCGCGCCCCCUGCGCACCUGCCGAGCGCCCCGCGGCGCGGAGGGACAGCGCCAUGUCGCGGGUCGUGCAGAAGAAGAACCACUGGUCCAGCCGGGUGCGGCAGUGCGCGCUGAGCCGCGGGCCCGGCGGGCAGCUGGGCUUCGCCCUGCUCGGCGGCGCGGAGCACGGAGAGUUCCCGUACGCGGGCGCGGCGGAGGGGGACGGCGAGGCGGCGCUGAGCGAGGGCGAGCUGCUGCUGGAGGUGCAGGGGGUCCGCGUGUCGGGGCUGCCGCGCUACGACGUGCUGGAAGUGAUCCGGAGCUGCAAGGACCCCAUCGUGGUGAAAGCCGUCCGACAAGGAAGCAGACUGAACAAAGAUCUGCGGCACUAUCUCAACCAGAGGUUUCAGAAGGGGUCGCCGGAUCACGAUUUGCAGCAGACCAUUCGCGACAACCUUUAUCGCCAUGCUGUGCCUUGCACAACCCGCCCUCCAAGAGAAGGAGAAGUGCCUGGUGUGGACUAUAACUUUCUGACUGUGGAGGAAUUUCUGGACUUGGAGCGAAGUGGGACCCUUCUGGAAGUAGGAACUUAUGAAGGUAACUAUUAUGGAACGCCGAAGCCUCCAAGCCAGCCCCUCAGUGGGAAAGUGACUUCCACCAAUGCUUUGCAAAACCUGCAGUCUGGCUCCAAGCAGUCGACUCCGAAGCGAACCAAGUCUUACAAUGAUAUGCAAAAUGCUGGCAUAGUGCAGACAGAGAAUGAGGAAGAGGAUGAUGUACCUGAAAUGAGCAGUAGCUUCACAGCAGAGUCUGGUGACCAGGACGAGCACAACACGCAUAUCCUGAGAGAGGCAGUCCCACCGUCCACGAUUGAGAGCCACACCCACGUCCCCACCACGGAACCAUCUCAGAACCUCCCUCAAUACCUACCUCCUUCUGCCGAGGAUAACCUAGGUCCUCUGCCGGAAAACUGGGAGAUGGCCUACACGGAGAACGGAGAAGUCUAUUUUAUAGACCAUAACACAAAAACAACAUCUUGGCUAGAUCCGCGGUGCCUGAACAAACAGCAGAAGCCUCUAGAAGAAUGUGAAGAUGAUGAAGAAGGGGUGCACACGGAGGAACUGGACAGUGAACUAGAGUUGCCUGCUGGUUGGGAGAAAAUUGAGGAUCCCGUAUAUGGUGUCUACUAUGUAGACCACAUCAACAGGAAGACACAGUAUGAAAACCCAGUUCUUGAGGCGAAGAGGAAGAAGCAGCUGGAACAGCAGCAGCAGCCUCCAGAAGAAUGGACAGAGGAGUGUCCAUCUCUCCCUCCACCUGCUGCUCCAAACCAUGUUUCAAACAACCAAGAGGCAGUUCGGGAAGCACCAGUACAAGGAAAACCCUUUUUUACACGAAACCCUUCUGAGUUGAAGGGGAAGUUCAUUCACACCAAGCUAAGGAAAAGCAGCAGGGGGUUUGGCUUCACUGUCGUCGGAGGAGAUGAGCCAGAUGAAUUCCUCCAAAUCAAGAGUCUGGUGCUGGAUGGUCCUGCAGCGUUGGAUGGCAAAAUGGAAACAGGGGACGUCAUAGUCAGCGUGAACGACACCUGUGUGCUGGGGCACACUCACGCCCAAGUGGUGAAAAUCUUCCAGUCCAUCCCCAUCGGUGCCAGCGUGGACCUCGAACUGUGCCGGGGCUACCCCCUGCCCUUUGACCCCGACGACCCCAACACGAGCCUGGUCACGUCCGUGGCAAUUUUGGACAAAGAGCCGAUCAUUGUGAACGGGCAGGAAAACUACGACUCCCCGGCGAGCCACAGUAGCAAAACAGGGAAAGUUAAUGGCACAAAGGAGGCGAGGCCCAGCAGCCCGGCUGAGGUCUCCUCCAAUGGACCCCAUGGCUACCCCAACGACACGGUGUCUUUGGCAUCCUCGAUAGCAACACAGCCUGAACUCAUAACUGUGCACAUAGUGAAAGGGCCCAUGGGCUUUGGGUUUACUAUAGCAGACAGUCCCGGUGGGGGCGGCCAAAGAGUGAAACAAAUUGUGGACAGCCCGCGGUGCCGCGGCCUGAAGGAGGGCGACCUCAUAGUCGAAGUCAACAAGAAGAAUGUGCAGAGCCUCACUCACAACCAGGUGGUGGAUAUGCUGAUUGAAUGUCCUAAGGGAAGCGAAGUCACGUUGCUGGUGCAGCGAGGAGGACUGCCAGUCCCAAAGAAGAGCCCAAAGUCGCAACCACUUGAAAGGAAAGACAGCCAAAACAGUUCCCAGCAGAGCGUCUCGAGCCACCGCAGCGGGCACACCGCGUCCCCCGCGCACAGCACCCAGGUGCUGCCAGACUACGUCGCCCCGGAGGCGCCGGCCGCCGACCAGCCGGACACUUCUGGCCAGAAAAAGCCAGAUCCAUUCAAAAUCUGGGCCCAGUCCAGGAGCAUGUAUGAAAGCCGACUUCCAGAUUAUCAAGAGCAGGAUAUCUUUCUAUGGAGAAAGGAAACAGGGUUUGGAUUUAGGAUUCUAGGUGGAAAUGAGCCUGGAGAACCUAUUUACAUCGGUCACAUUGUACCGCUGGGUGCUGCUGACGCCGACGGCCGCCUGCGGUCGGGUGAUGAACUGAUCUGUGUGGAUGGGACGCCUGUGGUGGGGAAAUCACACCAGCUUGUGGUCCAGCUUAUGCAACAGGCGGCCAAACAAGGUCAUGUCAAUCUGACCGUCAGGCGCAAAGUGGUUUACACAGUUCCCAAGGCAGAGAAUGAAGUCCCAUCCCCGGCCUCCUCCCACCACAGCAGCAACCAGCCGGCCUCGCUGACGGAGGAGAAGCGAACGCCGCAGGGCAGCCAGAACUCGCUCAACACGGUCAGCUCGGGCAGCGGCAGCACCAGCGGCAUCGGCAGCGGCGGUGGCGGGGGCAGCGGGGUGGUCAGCACCGUGGUGCAGCCCUACGACGUGGAAAUCCGCCGCGGAGAGAACGAGGGCUUCGGCUUCGUCAUCGUCUCGUCGGUGAGCAGGCCCGAGGCAGGGACGACGUUCGCGGGAAAUGCAUGUGUGGCCAUGCCUCACAAAAUAGGUCGGAUAAUUGAAGGGAGCCCCGCAGACCGCUGUGGAAAGCUGAAAGUAGGCGACCGGAUCUUGGCCGUCAAUGGGUGCUCCAUCACCAACAAGUCGCAUUCAGACAUCGUCAACCUCAUUAAGGAAGCGGGAAACACCGUCACCCUGCGCAUCAUUCCAGGAGAUGAAUCCUCCAAUGCUACUUUAUUGACCAAUGCAGAAAAAAUUGCUACAAUCACAACCACACAUACUCCUCAGCAAAUACCACAGGAGACCAGCAGGAGCAACACCAAACCAAAGCAGGAAUCCCAGUAUGAUUUCAAACCACCCCAAGCAGCACAGCAGGACCAAGACUUUUACACUGUUGAGCUAGAAAGAGGAGCCAAAGGGUUUGGCUUCAGCCUGCGAGGUGGCCGGGAGUACAACAUGGAUCUGUACGUGCUGCGGCUCGCUGAGGAUGGGCCCGCUGAGCGAUGUGGGAAAAUGAGGAUUGGUGAUGAAAUCUUAGAGAUCAAUGGAGAAACUACCAAGAACAUGAAGCACGCCCGGGCCAUCGAACUGAUUAAAAAUGGUGGCCGCAAGGUCCGCCUGUUUCUGAAACGUGGAGAUGGCUCUGUCCCAGAAUAUGCGAUGAUACCUCCUAAUAUCGCUGCAUGUAUGAGAAAUGACAAGCUCGGGGAGUCUUGCUUCUACCUUAUGGGCCAUAAUCAAACUACGACCCCAGCAGUGACAGGAACAGUCCCGCCACAGGUUCACAAAAUGUAUCGGAAAUGAAACCCGCGCCAUCCGACCGACGGCAGCACCCAUCAUCGGAGUCCAGUUAUCCACCAGACCUUCACAAAUCAUCACAACAUGGGGACAAGCGGACUUACGUUAGAGACCUAAAAGGCAGCAGAGAGUUUAGCAGACAUCCCAAUGAACACCACACUUGGAAUGGGACUUCUAAAACCAACGACCACGUGCCAGGCAGGAGGAUGGAGAGGUCGCCGGAGAGGAGGCACCAAAGGCAGCCAGAGAGGGCUGUGGUGAACGGGCAGAAGAGGAGGUCUCCCGAAAAGCGCAGGGAAGGGACAAGGAGCGCUGACAACACUUUGGAGAGGCGGGAGCGACUGGAGAGGAGGAGAGAGCUCUCUCCUGAGAGGCGCAGGGAGCGGUCGCCCGGCCGGCGGCGGCGGUCGCUGGAGAGGCUGACGGAGCCCAGGAGGUCCCCGGAGCGGAGAAGAGAGAGCUCCCUUGACCGACGGGCCAAGUCGUCCGACCGGCGGAGGGAGAGGUCGCCCGACAGACGGCUCAGGGAGGAACGAGCCGGCCAGCGGGAGAGGGAAGACCCCGGCUGGAAGCACGAGGCGAGCCGCAGGCACCUGCCCGAGCAGCGCAGGCGGCCCUACAAGGAGUGCAGCACCGACCUCAGCAUCUGAGGGGCUCCCCGGGGUCCCUGUCACCUUCCCCACACCAAGGGAGCGGAGGAGAGAGUGAAACCACCUGGCUUUCGCAGGCGACGAGACAUCCGCCGCCUGCUGAUCCUACAAACCGUUUAUGCAGAUGAAAUCUUAUAACAAAAAAAAAAAAAAAAGCAUUGUGCCUGAUGUAUAAUAUUAAAGAAAGUAUUUUUCAGUGUAUUCUUUUUUUUUUAAUUACUUGCCAAAUGUUGGUCCUAAAGGAUUAUAAAAUUUUGUUUCUACAUUCUUUGUAGAUUUCUUAAAAAUAAUUCCUUUAUUGGGCUACUUUCCCCCCUCCCCAAUAUAGUAAGUGGGGGUAGCCAGUAAUAUAAUAUAGGCAAAGGAUUUUAUGACCAAGUUUGAAUAAUUUGAUCCAGACUGUUCUCUAGUGACUCACUGCUACACUGUAUGUAGAAAUUUUUUAAGGGUUGGGGGUGGGGAAGGAAGAAAAUUGUUCAUCUCAGUAGGAAUGGAGCGCUCCUGCUGAAGGAAUUAAAAAGGAAAGAGACAAAUGUUCCUAAAGUUGCAAGAACUGUAUGAAGAGACUACUGUUUCAAUGAAGGAUAUUUAUAAUAAUAAUAAAUAAUUUUAAAAAAUAAAAAAAAAAAAAAAAAAGCAACCAAACCCACACAGCACAAGAUGAUUUACAAUAUGUAAUUUGUAGUUUGUUCCAUGAACAGUUUAUACUUUCAGGCCCCCUGGACAGGAUGCGCAGAGGCAGAAGGACUGGUCACCACCAUGCCUGUGCCACACGCUAACGUGGACUGUUGAGCUCUCAUUAGCCUCAGCAACAUGUAACGAUGCUAUGUCAUUAAGGCAGCAGCCCUGCUCAUCUCCCAGCUGUAUAUGGACAGCAAUGCAUGGUAUUGUGUAUCUGCUUGGAAGCAAGGGGAGGGAUUGGGAUUCUGGGACAAGGCACAAUGCGGUGGGAGCACAGUCCCCCUGCUCGGAGCAGGUGUAUUCCUUCUGCUCAGGCAUAACCAGUGGGCUUUUAUUUUGCCAAAUUCCAAAAGCUCUCAAUUCUUCUUGCUCUGUAUUUAAAGGGUUGGGUUUUUUGUUGUUUUACUGGUUCAUCCUUACUGAGACAAAAGGAGUGCACUUGCUGGGGAGGAAAGAAGAAAAAAAAAAAAGUAAAAAAAAAAAAGUAUCAAAGGGAAAUCACAGGCUGAAAGAGGCAAUCAGUGGGACAACCUGGUUGUAGAAGCCUAUCCAUACCUGGUUAUAUGCUGUAAAUUUGAGUCUAAGAACAGCAGCAAAAGAGAAACCUGCAAGUUUCUAAGUUGUAUUUUUAAAUUUGCAAGCUGUGUGGUAAGUCUGCUGUAGCAUUGGUCUAAGAUUUAAUGGAUUACUGCCUAGCUGAGCCAAAAUGUUUGCCGUUACUGUUGGACCACUAAAGUAAACUGCUGCUUUUUCCAGUGCAUUGGUGUGUACAUGUAUACUGACUCACAUCCUCCAUAUGAACACAAAACCAUUGCAAGUCUAUCACUGUUGUUGCCAUGGUACUGUAAAAACAAAACCAAGAAAGAAGAUGGCCAAUCAUUGUGUGUACAGUUGAAAUUGUAAUUAAUAGAGCCUGUUGGAAAAAAAAAACAAAACUGUUGCCUUUUUCUUGUAUAAAAGAGGAUUUAUGACAAAAUUUAGGUGUGAGGAAUGUGAUUAAGUGUUUAUAUUUCUAAAAAUGGAAAAAAUUUGAUUCAGGGGAUAUAUUUUAAUGUAAACUGAAUCAGGUAUGUAAAGCUGUUUUAAAAUGGGAGACUGUAUCAGUAAUUCUAAAGCUUUUGUUGGUUUGAAUAUCAUUUCUUUCUUCAUGGUGGGCCUGCUUAUGUAUUAUUAAGCACUUGUAUGCAGUCUAUAUUCUCCAAUCAUCAUUUCUUGCAACAUGCUAUAGGCAAAAUGCUCUUUUCUGUGUUGAUGAAAAGCAGUAUGUGGGCCAAUCUUUUUUAUAAAACACUAUGCAUAUAUAAAUACUACAUUGUUCAUAGCUUUAUUUGACUUAAUUGGGUUUAUACAUAACACUAGGACGAGUAGAUGUGGACUUACCCAGUAAGAGCUUCUUUCCUUGGAACAGACACUAUGUAUAUGAUGUAGCAACAAAGAAGGAGAAAGUCUGUGAAUGCUAUUUUUAUUAUCAAAUAAAGUUUUCCAUACAAAGCA